UGACUAGUUACUCGGAGCCGAUGGAGCGGAGCAGGAAGCACGAGAGAGCCUGAAGCUCUGGCACUCACACAGAUCCACUCUGGACUCAGUCUGUACCGCGUGGAUGAGAACAUGACCGCCUCCACCUACAGCCUCAACAAGAUCCCAGAGCCCGGACCCGCCACUGCUCCUCUCACCCCGCCCCCUCUACCUCAUGCCCCGCCCAACUCCGUGGCAGCCACCAGCUCCGCUCAUCUGGAGGACCUGGCGUAUCUAGACGAUCAGAGACACGCUCCGCUGCGUUCCUCGCUGAGGAUGAGCCGACAGAACACGACCGGACAGGACCUGAGAGCUUCCGCUAACAGCCAUGCCUGGCAGUCUCAGUCACUGCGCUUCGCUCCAUACCGCCUGCAGGACAUCGCUCUGAAGCCGCUUCUGUUCGAGGUGCCCAGCAUCACCAUGGACUCUGUGUUCACGGGCCGUGAUUGGCUCUUCCAGGAGGUCGACGCCCACCUGCGCCCCGCCCACUCCUCCACCAAUCGCGGCGUGGUUCUGGUGGGCAGCAUCGGCUUCGGCAAAACCGCCAUCAUCUCGCGCCUCGUGGCUCUCAGUUGCCAUGGAAACCGCAUGCGACAGAUCGCCUCCGACAGCCCACAGGCCUCGCCAAAACAUGGAGAUGGCAUCCCUCUCACACAGCCGCAGCCUUCCCAUGGUACACUGGGAGGAGGAAGCUGCCCUGGAACUCCAGAAAUGAGGAGGAGGCAGGAGGAGGCCAUGAGGAGGCUUGCAUCACAGGUGGUGGCGUAUCACUACUGUCAGGCUGAUAAUGCAUACACCUGUCUGGUGCCGGAGUUUGUGCACAACGUCGCAGCACUUCUGUGUCGUUCUCCGCAGCUGGCCGCAUACAGAGAACUUCUUCUGAAGGAGCCACACAUUCAGAGUAUGCUCAGCCUGCGAUCCUGUGUCCAAGAUCCACCCACGGCCUUCAGACGAGGAGUGCUUGAACCGCUGGAUGCUCUUUAUAAAGAGAGGAAGAUCACUCCAGAUGAAGACCUCAUUAUUCUCAUCGAUGGUCUGAAUGAGGCUGAGUUCCACAAACCAGACUACGGUGACACUAUCGUGUCUUUCCUCUGUAAAACCAUCCACAAGUUCCCGGCCUGGUUGAAGCUGGUGGUGACGGUCAGAACCUCUCUUCAGGACAUCACCAAGCCUCUGCCCUUCCACGUGAUCUCUCUGGACGCUCUGGAGGAGAACGACGCCAUCGACCACGACCUGCAGAGCUACAUCCUUCACCGCAUCCACAGCAGCGGAGAGAUCCAGAACAACAUCUCCCUCAACGGCAAGAUGGACAACACCAGCUUCGGCAAGCUCAGCUCGCACCUGAAGGCCCUGAGCCAGGGCUCCCUGCUCUACCUGAAGCUGACCUUCGACCUGAUCGAGCGAGGAUACCUGGUGCUCAAGAGCUCCAACUACAAGGUGGUUCCGGUCAGCCUGGCCGAGGUCUACCUCCUGCAGUGUAACAUGCGCUUCCCCACGCAGUCGUCCUUCGACAGGGCCCUGCCGCUGCUGAACGUGGCCCUGGCCUCCCUGCAUCCUCUGAGCGACGAGCAGAUCUACCAGGCCAUCAACAGCGGCUCGGUCCAGGGCACGCUGGACUGGGACGACUUCCAGCAGAGGAUGGACAACCUGUCGGUGUUCCUGGUCAAGAGACGGGACGGCACGCGCAUGUUCGUGCACCCGUCCUUCAGAGAGUGGCUGAUCUGGAGAGAAGAAGGAGAGAAGACCAAGUUCCUCUGCGAUCCCAGGAAUGGCCAUACGCUUCUGGCUUUCUGGUUCUCCAGACAAGAAAACAAACUGAACAGACAGCAGACGAUUGAGCUGGGUCACCAUAUCCUGAAAGCACAUAUAUUCAAGGGCCUCAGUAAGAAGGUUGGAGUUUCUUCGUCCAUCCUGCAGGGACUGUGGGUGUCCUACAGCACUGAGAGUCUCUCCACAGCUCUGGCCUCGCUCAGAAACCUCUACACACCCAACAUAAAGGUGUCUCGUCUGCUGAUUCUGGGCGGAGCUAACGUCAACUACCGUACGGAGGUGCUGAGCAACGCUCCGGUGCUGUGUGUUCACGCUCACAUGGGCUACUCCGACAUGGUGCACCUGCUGCUGGAGAACGGAGCCAGCGUGGACUCGGUGUCCGAGAGCGGUCUCACUCCGCUGGGAUACGCCGCCGCCGCCGGACACCUGGCCAUCGUCACUGCCCUCUGCAGGAGGAGAGCUCAGCUCGAUCACCUGGACAAGCACGGUCAGUGCGCUCUGGUGCACGCGGCUCUCAGGGGACACCUGGAGGUGAUGAAGUUCCUGAUUCAGAGCGACUGGGGUCAGAUGCAGCUGCAGAGCCCCUCCCCCACAGAGUCACAGGCCACGCCCUCCCCCCAGCAGGCCACGCCCCAGGAGUCGCAGCCCUCCAGCCCCGAGCAGCAGGAGGCGGAGCCGGAGGAGUCGGCGCAGAAGGAGGAGGAGCAGGAGGAGUCUCCGGAGGAGGAGUCCAAGCAGCAGACACAAGCAGACUCUCAGCCUCAGCAGCAGACGACUCCGAAAGCUGCCACGUUCAGCAAGAGUGUGGCGGUGCAGCAGGCCUUCAUAGCGGCCGCCAGCAUGGGUCACGCUGAGGUUGUGUCGUAUCUCUUGGACUUGCCCGAGGGAGAUGAAGAGGAAGUUCAGCGAGCUCAGAUUAACAGCUACGACACUCUGUGGGGUGAAACAGCGCUGUCCGCCGCGGCUGGCCGAGGGAAGCUGGACGUCUGUCAGAUGCUGCUGGAGCAGGGCUCUUCUGUAGCUCAGCCCAACCGCAGAGGAGUGCUGCCGCUCUUCAGCUCUGUGAGACACGGACACUGGCAGAUCGUGGAUCUGUUGGUGUCACACGGAGCAGACGUGAACCUGCCUGAUAAACAGGGACGAACUCCACUGAUGAUGGCCGCCUCAGAAGGACAUCUGGACACGGUGGAGUUCCUCAUGACUCAGGGUGCGUGUCUGGAUCUGAUAGAUAAGGAGGGUCUGACGGCUCUGAGCUGGGCCUGUCUGAAAGGACAUCUCUCUGUUGUUCGCUGUUUGGUGGAAAAAGGAGCGGCGACGGACCACGCCGAUAAAAACGGACGAACGCCUCUCGAUCUGGCCGCCUUCUACGGAGACUCAGACGUGGUUCAGUUCCUGGUGGAUCACGGGGCUCUGAUCGAACACGUGGACUACAGCGGGAUGCGUCCUCUGGACCGGGCCGUGGGCUGCAGAAACACGUCUGUGGUGCUCGCCCUGCUGAAGAAAGGAGCCAAGAUCGGAUGUCAGACGCUGCCGAGUCGGCGUAAAGGAGGUCCUGCUACCUGGGCAAUGGCGACAUCAAAACCCGAUAUCAUGAUUAUCCUACUGACUAAACUUUUAGAGGAAGGAGAUGGCUUCUACAAGAAGGGUAAAGUGAAGGAGGCAGCUCAGCGUUAUCAGUACGCUCUGAAGAAGUUUCCCCGAGAAGGAUUAAGUGAGGACCUGAAGACCUUUAAGGAGCUCAAAGUGUCUUUGUUCCUGAACUUGUCUCGCUGUCGGAGGAAAAUGAAUGACUUUGGUAUGGCGGAAGAGUUUGCUACCAAGGCUCUGGAACUGAAGCCUAAGUCUUACGAGGCAUUCUAUGCUAGAGCCCGUGCCAAGCGUAGCAGCAGGCAAUUCUCUGAUGCACUAGAAGACCUGAGGGAAGCCAUAAAGCUGUGUCCCAACAAUCGUGAAAUCCAGCGCCUCCUUCAGCGUGUGGACGAGGAGUAUAGGCAAGUUACUCAACCAGAGGAGCCGGAACUUGAGCCUCCUCCAUCACCACCACCAUCUCCCUUACCGGUGGAGGACGAUGAGGAGCCCCCUCAUCAUACUCCUCCUCCUGAACCAAGACUGGAUGACAUGGAACCUGUCCAAGACUUGUUUGAGGAUGACGACUUCCUAGAACAAGAGCUAGAGGCCGUGUCUAUUGGUCUUGCUUCUGACAUUCGCUCGAACGCCUCGAGUCUUGCCAUAAUACGCAGUCCACCCCUGUCUCCGCCCCAUCACGACACCGGCUACCUAUCUGGAGGGCAGGCCUUCGAGUUCCACCCAAGCUCCUCCUCCAUGUCAUCUCCUACCCAUCAUAGUUACCAGUCCACCUCUCCGUGUAUCUCUCCAACACAUCAGAACUCUCACUACCGCCAGAGUCCACCGCACACCUCUCCAGCCCAUCAGUCCUCUUACCGCUUCAGCCCUCCGCCCAUGGGCAGUGGAGGGAACCAAGGGAUGGACUACCAGAGUCCUCCUCCAUCUCCUCUUAGGCGUGGCGUUCCGUUCAGAGGUAGCCCUCCGAUCGAGAGCGUGUGUCUGUAUCGUUCCCAGUCUGGCUCGCCAGUCCGCUACCAGCAGGAUCCUUUACCUAGCCGUCCAAAAUCGCCACUGUUGAAGAUGAGCAGCCAGCGGUCCUUCCAACUCCAGUCACAGCCUUCCCAGAGCUCUCAGACGAGCCAGCACCACCAGGUUCAGGGUCUGCGCCUGCAGCCCUCUAUGGCACAGAUUGUCCGCACUAACCAGCCCAGUAACAGUGUGUACAGCCAGUUGGCGCAUCCGCUUAGCAGCAGGUACCAAGGUAGCUCCAUGGAUGUGGACAGGGACAGAGACCGAGAGCCGAGGCUGGUGUACCAACCCUCGCUGGAUGGCCGGUCGAUGUCUCAAGUGCAGUCCAGCCUCAGUGUGGGAGCUCUGUGUCAGCAUGGGGGCCGAGGAGGGGUUCUGGAGUCAAACUUGGGGAAAGAUGAGAUGCCUCAGCGACCCGCUUCGGCGUACCGCUCAGCUACGGGGGGACCUGGAGGUAUGCGCUUCAGCCAGACUCCCCAGAUAAGCCGCAGUCAGUCGGCGGCAUACUAUCCGGUCUCCAAGCAUGAACUCGAGAGAGCGGUGGCGGCUUCUGCUCUGCCUCCGUGCCAGCUGGGCUCUCCAGAGAUCCCGCACUUAGUGCGCAGACCUAUCAGUGCCAACACAAGUGACCUAAAACAGCAUGUACCUACCCCCAGACCACUUAUACACUCCCAGAGCGUGAACCUUCGUUUCUCUCCAUCUAGCGGUAAUAUCUCCUCAGGCUCCAGCUGCAAUCUAGCCCCUGGCUUCAGGCCGUCCUCCUCCAUGGCUCAGAUGGAAAUCCCGCUGCAGGCUGCAUAUGAGCGGAGCUUCGAUGAGCCAUCUGCCCUGUCGCCCUCUCAGAGCGGACUGUACUCGGGCGAACCUGCCCGAUCCCGGACCACUCCGUUCAUGGGUGUCAUCGACAAGACCGCAAGGACUCAGCAGCAGUACCUUCACCAGCCUUCCCGGGCCUGGCCCGUGUCAUCUCUGGAAUCGGUUAUCACUAGCCCUACGUCACCUGGGAAUCUGAUCCACCAGGCAUCCACGGCCUCCUCCUACAGCCCGCCUACAUCUCUAGGCAAUAUCGCCUACUACAAUAAGACCAAUAAUGCCCAGAAUGGACACAUGAUAGAGGAGGAGUACUAUGUCCAGCCCCAGCCCUCCUCCCUGGGCAAGCUUGCCAACGGAGGGGCCCGAGAUCGAGACCUCCUGGAGCGAGUGAGCCAGGCGCCAACGUACCAGGAUGUUAAGGUGGCGCGGACAAUGCCCGUGGCACAGGCGUACCAGGAGAACAUGUACCGCCAGCUUUCCCGCGACGCCAGACAAGGUCCCACCUCGCCCAUCAAACCAAAGAGACCCUUUGUGGAGUCAAAUGUUUAAUAGGCGCCCAAAAGGGUGGGCAAAAGGUGUGAGUGACGGUGAAUGUGUAGGUGGAGGUUUUUAAAGCCAGUACUGCGAUAGAAGAAACGGCAUUCGAAGAAACACUUUUAAUAAACUAAAAAAACAGUGUUAUAAAAGUUGUGUACAAUUACCUGUGCCUACUUUAAAUCAACUCAAUCUGUUGGUAGAAUAGAACUCGGUGUCGGACAGGCUACAAACACCCCGCCCGCACCCUUUUGGAGCAUUACAAUACGGUAUGUUAAAGUAAAAAAUAUUCUUUAAAGCUCUGCACAUCAUUAGAAAGCACAUUUACUGACGUUCCACACGGAGGAAUGGCGUGUCUUGCCAUUGUUCCCGGCACUAAGGUGUUUAACUCAUUCCCUCGCUCACUUAAUCCCUCUCUCUCUCCCCAAUGAAAGGAAACCAGUUUACUAGGCUUUCUGGACAUCAUAUUGUUGAAUUGUUCAAUACUGUAAAAAGUGCAAAUCUGUUUCAGAAAAACUAAGUUGUAGUCAUAGAAGGAAAAGAGGAAUAUUUAUAAUUAAGUUAUAUGAUGUAUAGAAAUAUUAAUGCAGUUUUUGUGUCAGGGUUAAUUUUGUUUUCUUUCUGUCUUUAAUUUCGUAUUUAUUGAUUUGGACUUUUGGAAACGGUAUCAGAUAUUUUCAAAUUAGCGAUUCAAACGUUUGUGACUGGAGAUUAUUAUCUUCACAGUUAUUAUUACCUUACAGUUCUGGCUCCCAAGCAGAAAUAUUGUUUGUGUCAAAAUUUACGAUUGUAUAGUGGCAAUAAUAGUAGUUUAAUCAAUUCCUUGGGAAAAAGCUUAAUAUGAUUUGAAGUGACCCUCGCGUUUUGUGGAUAUUGCUUAGUCUUUAUUUACAAAAUGAGUUCAGUUAAUUACUGGAGUGCCAUCCAGAUGUAUUUCAAGUGGAAGAAUGUAUCACACCAUAGACGUCUUAUGAACUCUACAGUAUGUAUACUACGCAACAAAGUUUCAGGGGCGUUUGCAAGCUAGUAAUAGAAUUUAUUCUCUUUUUUCAGUUUCUUUAUCGUUCUAAGAAAUGGAAUCUUGCAUUGUCACAGAAGCAUUAGUAUAUCAAGUGAAGUAUGUUUGUUUUAACUUUAAAACUUUUAUUCGUAACUUUUGUCUGUCUGUGACAUUAUGAAGAAAGAGAGCACUUUAUUCAUUUGUAAGGAUUUUAUGGAAUGUGAAUAUUAGGGGGUUGGAGGUGGGCUUUUUUUUUCUUUCCUGUUUUGUUUUGUUUUUGGACCUGGGACGGGAAAUCCUUACUAACGAACGUUCAGUGGACGCUGGAAAAUAACCUGUGAUUAGUUGUACUACUAGAAAACAAAUAGCAGUUAUUGUCCUUGGUGCAAUUCUAAUUUUUCAAGCAAAUGAAUGAACAAUAAUAUAAAAGAGCAAAAUUAUGUUUUUAAAAAGAUAUUAAACCGUGUAUAUAACAGCCUUUAUAGAGCGCAGUGUACUUGCUGUAUAUAGUGGCCAAAUGUGUUCAUGCAUACUAAACCCUGCUCUUCUCUGCGAGCGCGGCGUGAGAAGGACUCGAUGAACCUCACGCGUCAAACACAGUUCAGUACCGGAAAGCAAACCAGCCGUUUUGAAAUAGUGUAUUUGUCGUGUCAAAAUACAAUAUUCAGCUAGUUCCUUUUGAAGUUUCUCCGCUUCAGAAUGCAAUAUUAUUAACACGCCGAGCUUCAAUGUGGCUUUGGUCAGAUCUUCUCAACCAAUACAGUAUAUGGACAGAUAUCUAGACGGCUCCAUAUUCACCUUUCUAUCGCUGUCGGUGUAAACUUGCUUGAAUCGAGAACAGCCUCACGGUCAGCUUUGGGGAGAAGCUAAAUAAAUGCAAGCACUUGGGAACGCAGGACUCUGAUGUGGCGUCGUCGAAGGCCUCUUUAGGGUGGUGCAAGUUACUUUUGCUGUACAUAACCUGACGCAUGGUUUCUCCUCCAUCCCCCUCUGAAAUCCACACGCAGGCAUUCGUCGAUCUGCCGUAUGUCUAGGAACUAAACGGAAAUAAAGUUCACACCUGGCGAAAAAGAGAGAGAAAAAAAAAGAAGAGAUCUCACACUCAUCUCCACCAAACUCAACCGGAGAGAUGCGACAUUUACCUCUGAAGGGUUUGGCCAUUCUUUUUAUCUUUCGGUUGGAUUUGAGUUGAUUUUAAUGUACUUGCUUGCUAAGCAGAGUUUCUCGUCUGUAAAUGUGAGCUUUCAGAGCGCUGUGACAACGUUUAAUGACUUCAAUAAACCAGAAUGUGUUUUUAUCA